GAGCGAAUUCAUCUUUUGUGACUUUAUCUUCUGAAAGAAAUAGCGGAAGAACAGAAAUUCAAUCUGCUGCAUGGAGGUAUCAAAUGUUUUCUGUGAUGUGUUCGCCAGAAAGAGACAGGUUUGCAAAGUGCCCUUUUCUUGCUCCCAGAACAGAAAGUGCUUAAACACAUCCUCAACUGCCAAGCUUUCUUUGGAAAAGAGCCGUAACUCUGUAUCUUCGUACUAAGAAACUGAGAACAUUGAGGCAUUUCUAAUCCUACCAACUGUUGAUAUCAAGGUAGGAACCCCAACAUCAUCUCUCUGCGUCUUGGAUGCCCGAAAGCGUGGUGAAUGCAUAUACAACUAUUUCAGUGGAUGUUGAACUGUAUCUCACAGAACAGCUCAUGGAAGGGAAGGGCUCUCUGACACACAACAACGUCACCAGAGAGGGAACUGUAAGGUCCAGGAAGGCAUCUGGAGGAUGAAACCAGAAGUAAACCAACCACUUCAAGUCGUACCUUGGGAUGUGGUCCAUGUUCUCUUGGCAAUGCCUCAAGCUCUGAACACCGAUCUAUUUUAAUGGUCAUCAGCCAGUGGUGGCACUGACUCAUGGAUUCAGCAGCUUCAAGUGACAUCACUUCAUCUUUUCCCAAGGGCCGGUAGCCAAGCAAGUUGACAAGUAAUAAUGAAGCUGUGUCAGUCCAUCAUGGACAUGGAUAUGCCAGAUUACGUCGACUCCUUGGACUCCUCAUAUACCAUGCUAGAAUUUGAAAACCUUCGGGUUCUUCCAAACAACACGGAGGAGGCUAAUGGGCGCUGUUCAAUGCCCGCAGAGACUAUCACAGCUGAAUCAGCCAACACCAACCUGCUCAACAACGGCAUUGGCUCCCUUUGCUCCAUCUGUGGAGACCGAGCAACUGGAAAACAUUAUGGAGCUUCCAGCUGUGAUGGAUGCAAAGGUUUCUUCAGGAGGAGCGUCCGCAAGAACCACGUGUAUUCCUGCAGGUUCAGCCGACAGUGUGUGAUAGACAAAGACAAGAGGAACCAGUGCAGGUACUGCAGGCUGAAGAAAUGCUUCAGAGCCGGCAUGAAGAAGGAAGCGGUGCAGAAUGAGCGCGACAGGAUCAGCAUCCGCAGGAGCAGCUAUGAGGACAAUGGCUCACUGUCCAUCAGUGUGCUCACCCAGGCUGAAGCAAUGGCACAGCAGUAUUUGCCACUGAGCCCCGUGCACAGCGCAGAUAUAGCAAUGAAGAAAGUGGCGACCAUCAACGAUGUGUGUGAGUCCAUGAAGCAGCAGCUGCUGGUGCUGGUGGAGUGGGCCAAGUACAUCCCUGCAUUCUGUGAGCUGCCGUUGGAUGACCAGGUCGCCUUGCUCAGAGCCCAUGCAGGGGAACACCUUCUCCUUGGGGUAGCCAAGCGGUCCAUACCCUACACCGACUUUCUAUUAUUAGGGAAUGACUUCAUCAUCCCAAUGCACUGUCCAGAGCUAGAAAUCGCUCGUGUGGCCACCAGGAUCUUAGAUGAGCUGGUGAAGCCUUUGAGGGACAUCCAGAUAGAUGACAAUGAGUACGCAUGCCUUAAAGCCAUCAUCUUCUUUGAUCCAGAUUGCAAAGGUCUGAGUGAGCCUGGGAAGGUGAAGAACAUGCGUUUCCAGGUCCAGGUCAACUUGGAAGACUACAUCAAUGACCGUCAAUAUGAUUCCCGGGGCAGGUUCAGCGACAUCCUCCUGCUGCUGCCCCCUUUGCAGAGCAUCACCUGGCAGAUGAUCGAGCAGGUCCAGUUCAUCAAGCUCUUUGGUGUGGCAAGGAUCGACAGCUUGCUGCAGGAGAUGCUGCUGGGAGGAAACACCAUUGAUGUCCAGUACCAGUCAGGACCUCCCAGUCUCAACCUGGACCCGCUGCCAGGACACGUCCUCCCAGGCAACAUGAGCUCUGUGAUUCACGCUGUCCCAGACCCAUCUCCUGAACCAUCCCUUCCAUCUCCUUCUACAAGCACAGGCAGCGAAGACUAUAAACUAGGCUCUAGUGCAGGGCCCAGCACCGUAGCACAGCUCUUACCUCAGACAAUGAUACCCAAGCAAGAGAUUUUAUAGGGAGAGGUAGAAGGAGAAGCUGGGAGCAAUGUGGGAGCCAUGCAGAAUGUGAACCGGGUCCUUUCUUUUUGCAGAGGCAAAGCACAGCAAUCCCCUGCCUGCCACCGGACCUGGGGGUCACGCUCUUCCCUGUCAGUGAGUAAAGCAGAGGGCACCAAGCUGCAGCAGGAGCCUCAGCACGGGUCAUCCCACAGCUCAUCCCACUGAUCUCACCCUCAUUUCACACGUGAUUGGGGUUAAUGCUCGUCUCGGUAGGACCAAGACUGUAAGCUCUUCAGAGCAGGCCUUGAUUGCAUUUGGUAUCACAUAGCUCCCUGUGAUCACAACUCUUCUGAAGGCUCUGGUCGCUGUCAUCAUAAAAACAAACACCUGAUGCAGCUCCUGUUAAUUGGCAAUGAGUACAGCCUGCAUCGAAUUAUCAGUAUGGAAAGGUCUAUCCCCAUUAAAAAUGUAAUUACACUCCUAAUUCUUCUGCCGCAAAUUAAGCUUUAGGAAGAAUGGAGUCCAUCCACAAGUCAUUUUCAUCCUCUACCUUACUGGAAUAUCCAUCUAAAACCACUCAAGAGACAGCAGCGAGGAGCUCUGCAUCUGACUAUUGGUCUGGCAAAACAAGGAGCAGUAAGCUCAAGAAACCACAUCUAACCAUGGCACUACUUAAAACAAUACCAGUAGAUGACUGUACAGCCUCAAACGUUCCUGAAGCACAGUCACUGGUACCGUGUGUGUUUGUUUAAAUUGAACAUUGCUAGAAAGUAGGCUCCUUGAUUUCUAUAGAGUUCCUUUCUGUAAAGCCCAAGGACAUCCAUCAGCCAGCUCUCGAAGCAUUAAGAGGGACUCAUACUGAAAUGCUGUGUGCAGUGGGGAAUCCUGUUCUUGCACAGCACAUUGAGCUGUCAGCCCACAAGCACGGACCCCUGCCCAUCACAAUGCUGAGAUGACGGUGCCCAGCAAAGGCUUUGUGAGGCUCAUGAAGCACUCUGAGAUCCUCGGAUGGAGUACACUGCAGAAAUGCAACCUCAUUGAAAAAGGAAGAGCAGACAAACCUGCCCCAAGGGAAUGUUACUUUGUACUCCGGUUAUUUCUCACUGCUUGGGAAGCCAUUUCAGAGCUACCACUCUGCAGUACAACAGAGGUCUGAAAACCACUGAAGACUGGGUUGAUUCCACCCAGCACCUCGAUGUUUUCCUUUUCUAAUGCCUACAAUGAAUCUGACCUGAUAUUACAUGCUGAUAACUUUGAUUUGACACAGCUACAGCUGGAAAACAAAUUCCACUGCAAGCAUUCCUGCUGCAUCCGUUCUUGUGUAACAUUGCUUCCAGUUCCUCCAUCACGUAAACUGCAUUGCUUUUCUACAAAUUAAACAUACAUUUGUACUCAUUAAUGGUAAGAAAAUAAAUCUAGUGGAAAUAAACUCCAUGUGGUUCACGGUUCUUU